AUGAGAAAGCCGAUUAUAGAUGACAUGAAUCAGAGAUUUAAAGAAGACGAAGAUGUUUACUUGGAGAACCUUCUUCCUAAUCUUCCUGGGGAACUUCAAAAUAUUGUAAAGGAGCAUAUUGGCUUAAAGCGACUAAAAACUGUAGAAGUGCUUCGAGGAAUGGAAGAGCAAAUGUUGCGUACGAUGUGUCACAGUCUGAAACCAAUGUUCCACAGCGAGCACAGCUAUAUUGCUCGGGAGAGAGACCCAAUCGACGCGAUAUUCUUCAUUACGGAUGGCAUUGCAUGGACCUAUACAAAUACAGCCAGCAAUAAUAAUGGCGAAGGAACUGUCCUCACACAGGCUGAGCGUCUUGUAGAAGGUGAGUACUUUGGAGAAGAACUUUUGGAAUGGGUUCAGAAAUCCACAGCCUCCAGGAACAAUCUAUCCAAACUCCCAGUUUCAUCAAGAACUCUCAAAGCCCACACAAAAGUGGAAGUUUUUGCGCUAAUGGCACAGGACUUGAAGCAAAUAUUGCAUUCUAAGUUGUCUAGUUUAGGCCCUGAGCAAUUGCCAUCGGCAGCAGCUUCUGUUGUACAAAAAAUCUGGCGCCGCACGCACCCGAAGACGGAGGAUAGCGUUGGUGGUUCAACAAAACUUCAGAGUAAUGCUGUUGUUAAAUCCAAGAAGGCAGCUUCUAUUUUACUACCACCUUGUUACCGGCUUACCGCUAAUCCAUAG